AUGGAGGAAACAUCAACGUUCUCGUCCUCUGGAGCAGAGGCUAUCUCCCGCCAACUUGAUUCGGAUCAAGUGCACGUCGUUCUUUCCGAGGAACAUAUCCGGGACCAAUAUGACACUCAAAGAGUAGCUUCGGAAUUGAUAUCCGGAAAUUACAAACGGAUCGCUCUCCAAUUCCCCGACGAAUUGCUACCGAUUUCCGUCAGCAUAUAUCGACAGCUCAAGCGAUUAGUUGGCGAAGGUCAUGAUCUGUUUGUCCUUGCGGACACAUCAUAUGGGAGCUGCUGCGUAGACGAAGUCGCCGCUCAACAUGUCGACGCCGAUGUCGUGGUGCACUACGGCCACGCAUGCAUGAGCAAAACUUCCCGGUUGCCGGUCAUCUAUGUUUUUGGCAAGAAGCCAUUGGACGUGGUAGGCUGUGCCUCCCACUUAGCGAAGGUGGUCCGAUCGAAAGAAGAGGGAAGCAAUUUACGAUCUGUGUUGCUGAAGCAUGACGUAAGAUACGCGCAUCGAGCUGAGGACCUUCUGGCACAGAUCAAGGAGGCGCUACCAGAACAAGUGCAAUUGAUCUACACUCCGCUACCGUUUUCGUCAGCUCCGUCACCAUCCAACGCUACCAUAACGACAGACCAAGGCGAAUGCGAGCUUCCUGCACUUGUAGAUAGGGAUCCUUCGCAUUGCAUCGUUCUGUACGUCGGCGACGAAAGCCUGGGCCUGACCAAUUUACUCUUGACGCACUCCGAGUACGAGGUUUACUCCUAUAAUCCGGACUCAAGUACUUUCCGACUCGAGUCAGUCAAGACCAAUAAGCUCCUCAUGCGACGAUACGCGGUUCUCCAGCGUGCACGCGACGCGGACGUCUUCGGAAUCCUCGUCGGCACUCUCGGAGUUGCAUCCUACCUUCCCCUCAUAACCCACUUACGCAGCGUACUCAAGCGUGCCCAGAAAAAGAGCUAUACAAUAAGUGUGGGCAAGCUUAACCCCGCUAAAUUGGGCAACUUCGCGGAGAUUGAAUGCUUCGUGCUCGUCGCUUGCCCGGAGAACAGCCUGGUGGAUGCUAAGGAAUUUCAAAGGCCAAUUGUCACACCAUACGAACUCGAGAUAGCCUUGAAGGCGGAGCCGAGCUGGACAGGGAGAUAUGUCCUGGAUUUUGAAGCGUUGCUGACAGCGUACGCGCAGAAGGGCGAGGAUGGUACGUGUCACCUACGUGAGGACUCCGAAGAAGAAGAUCCUGAUCAACCAAUAUUCUCACUCGUCACUGGCAAAUAUCGACAAGCCAGACGAUACGGUGGUCAGCCAGGAUCAUCCCAUUCAAAUGUGGAAGAAGGCGCAGAAUCUACUGCGGUCGCUAUACGCAAUCAAGAGAAUGCAUUAGCAACCAUUCCAGACAGCGCGGCUGGUCAAUUCCUCCUGAAUAGAACGUUUAAGGGUCUCGAGACGCGCCUGGGAGAGGAUGCUCCCAGCGUGCUCGAACAAGGCAGGAGUGGAAUCGCAAGAGGGUAUCAAGAUGAUCAUAGAUAG